AAAUAGAAAAUAUAAAAAAAAAAAAAAAUCGGUUUCGAAGAAAUUUCUUUGCAAAUAAAGGCGUGGGCUCACAGAAUUUCUGUUGCGUUGUGCUAAUAGAAAGACUCCAUAGUCUACGAUAGAACCUUGGCUUGCUAUAUAUAUAUAUAUAUAUACACACACAUACACACCGGAACAGUUUUCAUUCUCAACCAUAUGGUGGAGUAAAUUUUUUGUUUUCGUUUUUGUUUCUUUGUUAUAAAUAUUUUCUGUGUCUGUUUUGUAUACUGUCUUUUCUGCAAUAUUUCUCAGCUACCCAAAAGCUGAGCUAUGGGAACUCAAGCUCCUAGUGAUCAUCAGAACAAUAAUUACGUUGGCAAAAAUUCGUGGUUAAUUUGCGGUGUUGCUUUGAACCAGACGAUAUCUUCCACUGAUAGGGCGCUGUAUUUUCUUCUCUAAUCAAUCAGAAACGGGCAGCGGUUGACUUAGAAAGUCUGUUUUUAGUACGAGUUAACAUCAAAUCGGUCACGUUAAAUUAGUUUGCCGUGGCAAAUGCUAAAAACUUUUUCUUUACGCAAAACCUUUCUUACCAUUUACAACUUUAAUUUUCAAAACACAGACCGGAUGGAUGUAUCGGAAAUAACGACUCAUAACUUUUCUUUUAGGUUCAUAAACAUAUAUAUAUAUAUAUAUUUUUUUUUUUUUCAUUUAUUAUUUUAUUUAUUUGUAUUUCGUUUCGAGGGGACAAUCCUUUUUGUACAAAAUAUAAUAUUUGUUAUCUUUUUGUUAACCGACCAGUUAGCUGGUAACACAUUUCACAUUACUUCCGGGCCGUGACUGGCAUUUUUUUUUCCUUUUUUUUUAUUACUUUUAUAUUUUAAUAAUCAAUUUGGAGACCAGCAAGUGGAUCCAAUUAAAUAUUUUUGUGAAGAAAUGUCUUCUCCUAGUUUGGAUUCUAGACAUGACAAGUUGCCUCUUUCUUAAGCAAUUAUUUUUUCGUACCUUUUUUCUACAAUAUUUGCAUAUCAAACUUGGUGCCGUUCACUCAUUAUUUUUCACCUAUCUUCCAUGUGAUUCAGUUGGCAAUAAUUGUCCUUUACAGGUUAAUAAACUAAGCGUUCGUAGACUUUUGGGGUUUUUUUAUUUUUAUUUUUAUUUUUAUUUUUGGUAUAAGUUAUAAUAGUAGUAUACUAGAAUGUGUAUAUAAUCAUAACAAAAAUAAAUAAAUAAAGAAAUAAAUAAACAAGAGAUGAAUUUUCAACUUUGCGCAUAUUAAGAAUUUUGAGUGCAUUUAAAUGUAAGGUUUUGUAGUGUUAUUGGAUGUUGACUAGAAAUUUUGAGCUUUUCUCUGUUUUGAAUGGAAAGUAAAACAUGCUUACAAAAUAUGGUACAAAUUUUGUGUAUAAAUCAGAAUGCGACUUAUUUAAUUUUCUUGGACAAAAGAAAGCGACUUAUGUUUGACAACUUACAAGUUGGACAAGUUGAAAAGAAUUUUUAUAUUGGAAUAGUUUUGGCUACGAGGGAUCCACAAAACAUUCAAGAUUCCUAGGAUUAGUUGUAUUCCAAAUAUUACCCUUCGAAAUCGAAGGAAUUCCAUCUCACCCGCGGGUGCAUCGAUGACUCCCUACACCCUCAGGACGAAGAAAUAAGGAGGCAGAAGCAAAUUGAAGAUUGGCUUCCAAUUACAUCUUCAAGGACUGCAAAAUGGUGGUACUCAGCUUUCCACAAUGUUACUGCUAUGGUUGGAGCUGGUGUCCUCAGUCUCCCUUAUGCCAUGUCAGAGCUUGGGUGGGGUCCUGGGGUGGUUGCUCUAGUGCUAUCUUGGAUAAUCACUCUGUACACUCUGUGGCAAAUGGUUGAGAUGCAUGAGAUGGUUCCAGGGAAACGUUUUGAUAGAUACCAUGAACUGGGUCAGCAUGCAUUUGGAGAAAAACUUGGUCUCUACAUUGUGGUGCCUCAACAACUUACUGUUCAAAUAGCUACGAACAUUAUCUAUAUGGUUACUGGAGGAACGUCACUGCAGAAGUUCCAUAACACUGUGUGCCCAAGCUGCAAGAAAAUCAAACUUACGUACUUCAUUAUGAUUUUUUCCUCUGUUCAUUUUGUGCUAUCCCAUUUGCCCAACUUCAACUCCAUCUCUGGUGUCUCUUUGGCUGCUGCAGUAAUGUCCUUGAGUUACUCCACCAUUGCAUGGGGAGCUUCUGUAGAUAAGGGUGUUCAGAAAGAUGUGGAAUAUGGCUACAAAGCCAAGAGUGCUGCAGGAACUGUCUUCAACUUCUUCGGUGCCUUGGGUGAUGUGGUUUUUGCCUAUGCUGGGCACAAUGUGGUCCUUGAGAUCCAAGCAACAAUUCCAUCUACACCAGAGAAGCCAUCCAAGGGUCCAAUGUGGAAAGGAGUCGUUGUUGCCUAUAUAAUUGUUGCUCUGUGCUACUUCCCUGUUGCUCUGAUUGGAUAUUGGAUCUUUGGAAAUAAGGUUGAAGACAAUAUCCUUCUCUCAUUGGAAAAACCAGCAUGGCUUAUAGCAAUGGCUAAUAUGUUUGUUGUCAUUCACGUUAUUGGCGGCUAUCAGAUUUUUGCAAUGCCAGUGUUUGACAUGAUUGAAUCUGCAUUAAUAAAGAAGUUAAAAUUUCCACCCAGCGCAGCGCUUCGUUUCAUUAUACGCAAUGUAUACGUGGCAUUAACGAUGUUCGUAGGCAUUACUUUCCCUUUCUUUGGUGGCCUUCUUUCAUUUUUUGGAGGAUUUGCUCUUGUCCCAACAUCAUACUAUCUCCCUUGCAUCAUUUGGCUUAUUGUCAAAAAACCAAGGAAGUACGGCUUAUCUUGGUGGACAAACUGGAUCUGCAUUGUGGUUGGUAUACUUGUGAUGGUUCUAGCACCAAUUGGAGGGUUGAGACAGAUCAUACUUUCAGCAAAGACCUAUAAGUUUUACUCUUAAACUCAUCUUCACCCAGCUAAACGGGUAGUAAGUACCAGAAAUAAGCAAAAAUUAUUUAGCAGAUAAAGAAAAAAAAGUAGCUGAUAACGACGAUUAUGAAGCAAAUGAUCGAUGAUGAUGUUAAGCCAUAGUCAUAUGCAGGACAAAUUAUUUCAACAGUGUUUAUUCAGUAAUCAUUGACAUCACCCCUGCAGUUUGUAAAUUCGAUCAUAGCCAACUUUAAUGAACUCCAUAUAUGCGUUUUAAAGCUUGUUUUAUUAUA